CUACAUUCAACAUCAUUCUUAUUGUAAUGGCUUCUAUAUUCAAUCAAUAUGAGGCAACUAUUUCACAUAAUGAAUCAACAAACCCAUUUGAGGCUUCAAACAGGAGCAGAAGGCCAGAACCGGUUGCUAGUGGAUAUGUCAAUGCAAGAGUUGCAGAUGAGACACCAAUAUUCACAAAGAGCAAGAUAAAUUUCAAACCCCAAGGACCUAUCACGCAUCUUGAAAUCAGCAACAACAGAUUAUGUAUGAUCAUGUCAGGAAGAAUUUUACUUCGGAUCAAUCUUGAGAAACCUGAAGAUCAGGAAGAAGUUGAAAUCACCAGAGGCGAUGACAAAGUAUACAAGUUAUUUCUGGAUCAAACAGGAUCACAUUUGUUGAUUGAAAUGACAUCACAGGAUACAGUUUUCUUUUCCAAGACAUCGAAAAAACCUAAAUCUUUGUCAAAAUUUAAAGGUCACAGAAUUGAAAGUAUUGGUUGGAAUAGGCAGCAUAUUAUGGAGGCUAGCAAUACUGGAACUACUGGUCCUCUACUGGUGGGCACCAGUAGGGGAUCAAUAAUGGAAUGCUGUAUAGAGUCUGGGGAAGAUACAAAGUUUUUUGGAGGAAGUGUGGAUCAAUAUUUGAAGCAGUUAUUUUGUUUGGGAAAAGGAGAUUCCAGAGAUUGUUCAAUCACUGGACUCGAAUUCAAUCCAUUUCCUGCCAGAGGUGGAGAUCGUCCGACCAAAUAUCACAUUCUUGCUACAACUCGUACAAGACUUUAUCAAUUUGUUGGAAGAAUUAAUCCAAACAGUGGAGAAAUUCCUGUAUUUCAAAAUAUAUUCACACCGUAUGACAAUGGACCACCAAGAUUCACUGAUCUCCCUGGUGGUGGUGGAUGGAGUCAACUUGCAUUAUUUUAUAAAACAAAAUCUAGAACAUCUAUUCCUACUCAGUUUGCAUGGAUGGCAUCACCUGGUGUAUAUUUUGGUGACAUAACUGUUCCUGCUGUUGAAGAUUCUACAUCACUUCAUCAUUUAUCCAUUGUCGCAAAUGCAAGAUUGAUUUCUUACCCUGAUAAAGAAUCUGACAGUAGCAAUCCAUUUGCACCUCACACUGACCCAGCCGAAGAAGUAUUAGGAAUAGCAUUGACUGAGUUUCAUCUUCUCGUCCUAUAUUCUGAUCGUGUUAAGGCAAUAUGUACGUUGAAUGAACAAGUUGUUUAUGAAGAUAUCUAUUCUUCAAGGUUUGGAUCAAUACUAGGUUUGAUCAAAGAUGAAAAGAAGGGAACUAUAUGGACUUUCACAGAUCGUGCAGUUUAUAAAUAUAAGGUUUUCAAUGAAUCUAGGAAUGUCUGGCAAAUGUUUCUUGAUGACAAGAAAUUUGAUAUGGCUCGAGAUUAUUGUAAAGAUAACCCUGCUAAUCUGGAUAAGGUUUUCACCAGACAAGCAGAACAUUAUUUCGAAGAAGGUAAAUACAAUGAAAGUGCAUUAUAUUAUGCCAUGACCAGAAACUCAUUUGAAGAAAUCUCAUUGAAAUUUGUUCGAGCUGAUCAACAGGAAGCACUGAGAGCAUUUCUGCUCAAAAAAUUGAGCAGCUUGAAGCCUGCCGAGAAGACUCAAACUGCUAUGCUUGUGACAUGGCUUGUUGAAUUAUACUUGAAUCAACUUGGAAAAUUGAAGGAAGAAAACAGUGAAGAUUACACACAUUGUGAAGAUGUAUUUAAAAAAUUUCUUGCUCAGGAAAAUCUCAAAGAUAUUUUUCUGGAAAAUAAGAAGACUGUUUAUGAUCUUUUAAUUGGUCAUGGAAAUAUUGAAGAUUAUGUCUUUUUCGCUGUUCUCAUGCAGGAUUAUGAAAGAGUAAUCACACAUCAUAUACAAAAUGAAGAUUAUUCAGCUGCCAUUGAAGCUUUGAGAAAACAAAAUAACAUCAAUCUUUACUACAAAUUCUCUCCCAUAUUAAUGCAGUAUAUUCCUGAAGUAACCGUGAAUGCAUGGAUUUCAAUGGGAAAAAACCUUUCUCCUAAGAAGCUUAUACCUUCACUUAUCAACUGUACACAGGGUGCUCUGAUUGACCGACCUCAAGAAGCAAUCCGGUAUCUUGAACAUUGUACUGGUACAUUACAUUGUAAGGAGCCUGCAAUUCAUAAUUAUUUAUUAUCAUUAUAUGUGAAGCAAAAACCAGAAGCUGUGGCUGAUUAUAUCAAAGAUCAAGGAGAUGAUUUAGAAGAUGUAUGUUAUGAUGUGAAGUAUGCAUUACGUCUAUGUCUUGAAGGAGGUGUUAAACUACAGAAAGCUUGUGUUGAAAUAUAUAAUGUUAUGACAUUGUAUGAAGAAGCAGUUUCAUUGGCCCUGAAGGUUGAUGUUGAUCUUGCAAAAUCGAUCGCAAAUCGACCAGAGUUAGAGGAAGAAGAUGAAGAAUUGCGGAAAAAGUUAUGGAUGUUGAUCGCGAGACAUGUCGUACAAGAGAAAAAAGAUAUCAAACGUGCAAUGCAGUUUUUACAGGAGUCCGGUGAUUUAUUGAAAAUUGAGGAUAUUUUGCCAUUCUUCCCUGAUUUUGUAACAAUCGACCAUUUCAAAGAUGCAUUGUGUGAAUCACUGGAUGAAUAUAACAAACAUAUUAAACAAUUGAAGGAUGAAAUGAAUGAGUCAACAGACAGUGCUCAUGCAAUCAGAGCUGACAUUCAAGAAACAAGAAAUCAUCAUUUAGUUGUUGGAGGUUCAGAUAAAUGUGCUUUGUGCAAUGGAAUAUUGUUAUCGAGAGGUUUUUAUGGAUUUCCAUGUUCACAUUCAUUCCACAGUGACUGCUUAUGGAAAACGGUUACUCCUUAUUUAACUCCUGAUAAACAAGUUCGUGCUGAUGAAAUGCAAAGGGAAUUAAAUGCUUUAAACCAAUCCAGUUCCAUUCAAGAUCAAAGUGGAGCUAAAGACAGUAAAAGACGAAGACAAGAAAUUGUUUUUGAGCUGGAUGAAUUGAUCGCAACAGAGUGUGCUUACUGUGGUGAAAUCGCAAUCAAUUCUAUUGAUGAGCUAUUUAUUGAUCCUCAAAAGUAUGAUGAUGUUGUUUCAAGUUGGUCGUGAUUAGUUGGUUAUUCAUUUUCGUGACUAUGUAGCAAUCUUGUGACGGCGUUAUGAUUUUUUCUUUUGAAUGUGCAAUUUGUAUGAUUUUCAUUGAUAUAUUUCAGCGAAUCGAUAUAAUAAAAGUAUAACUAAAUA